AUGGUCAAUCUCGGUCUCUUCCUUCACAAGGGCACUGAAGGAGUCGAGACGAACGCGGUUAACGCUGUACGAAUGGGAGAUGGUGCAUCUCGGCCUCCUACUGCAGGACGGCUCGGGGGGUUCGUGAAGAACGGGGUUCGGGCCUCAGAGCUGUACGAGCUUGCGAUUGACAGGAGGGACGACGUGCAUGCAUUGGACAAUCUUGGUCUGCUGCUACACCACGGCACGGAAGGAGUGGAAAUGGACGAGGUCCGCGCCCUGGAGCUGUACGAGCGUGCGCUGGAUCGGGAGGUACUUGCGGAGGGAGAACGCGUCGGCGAAGAGCAGGGACGGGAUGGAGGGCGAGCUGGACGAGAGGCAGCUGUACGAAGGGCUCAUGGAGGGCGGAAGGGUCGGCGGAGACAAGAGGUCGACGGCGUUGCGCGCCACCAACUCGGCGUGCGUCUUGAUGACCACGUGAGGGAUGAGCGCGCAAUCUGGCGGUGCAGAUCGGCUGUCCUAUCAGCUCCCCCUGCACUUUGUGCACGAGCCAGCCUCUUCUCCGCGAUCAACUUUGCCGGCGCGACGGCAGCGGCGCGCGUGUGGGGCAGGCGCACCACGGGCGUGUGGCACGUCUGCGCGGACGACUGA